AUGUUACUUCGUUCAUCUGUCUUUGUACCUUUUGAGUCUCUUACACAACAAGUUAUCAAAUCUAUAGUUUCAGUUGCAACAACAUUUCGUAAACCUGGUUUUGAUUACAGUGAACGUACGAUCCUCAUAUUUUUGCUUGAAAUAAAGAAAAAACUAAAAGAUAUUGAAAAGAAAAUCCAAGAAAAUAGCACAGAAAUCGAUCAACAAGUGAUUCAACAUGCACACAAUGUUCAACAAUGGCUCGUCAAUAUAAAUAAACAACCAAUAAAUUGGAUAGAACUUGAAAAGAAAUAUAAUAGAAUUGCCGACCAAAAUUGUGAUGAAAUGGAUCGUUAUUGCCGAUCUAAUACUGCUGAACCUUAUUUUGAAUUAAAAGUCAAAACUGUGAGUUGUUGA